CCUGUGGCCGCGGGGCCCUUCGACAGCGGGCCGCCGAACAGCGCCUUGACCACGGCCUCCGGGGUCGUCUGGAAGGUCGCGGUGACGCCGUCCAGGAUCCACUCAACCUUCGCGGUCGCGUCGAUGGCCCCGAUCACCUCGGGCCCGCCAAGGUCGUGAUCAUGAGCUCCCAGUCUGAACGCCAAGAGCAGAUCACCUUGGCCCCAGGGUCGAUGGCAUGCACCUUCUGCUCUAAGAAAGCCCUGGCCCGUCCGCCCGUGCUGUACAAAGCCUGCACGUCGGGCUCCCUCUCGACUGCAGUGUCGAGCUCCCGAUCCUUGUAGCAGUUCGAGGAUUAUUUCAGGAACUCGUUGAAGGUCUGGCAGGUCUCUGAAGCAAACGGCGGAGUGAUUGUGAGGCGGACUUUCCAGCCUCGAAGCCCGACCAUCCCCACAACGCCGACUGCCCCAUGAAGUCUCACCGGCAGCAAUGGGAUCAGCUUCUCGCGAAGCGCCUUCGCCUUGUCAC